AUUUAACGUUAUUUCUAAUAUUUAUGUUAGUAUUAGAAUCAAAAUGUGCAAACAUACUAUUUUUUGCCUCAGCGCCAAGCUACAGCCACCAGAGCAUGUACCAACCAGUUUGGAAGGAAUUGUCUCUAAGAGGACACAAGGUAGUAGCCAUAACCCCUAACCCAUUACGAGAUUCAACGUUGACGAACCUUACAGAAAUCGAUAUGAGUUCGAUGUACGAAACAAUUAAGAAAUUAGUUCCGAAACAAGGGUUACAGAAGUUGCUUGAGAAACCCAGUUUUUUCAUGGUAUUUCGUAAAGAUCCCAUAAUGACUUACCUUUUCAGUAAGUACUCUGAAUUGUUUUUCCAACAUGAAAAUAUGCAGAAAUUUUUAAAAGAAGAUAGACAAUUUGACGUUGUUGUUGAAGAAUGGAUUUAUCCAACCUUUGCAGCAUUGGGGGCAAAAUAUAAUGCCCCCUUAAUAGGAAUUUCAUCUUUAGGUGCCCCGAUCCCGGCCCUGGACACCGUAGGUAACCCAUCCCACCCUGUGUACGCCCCUGACCACAAUCUACCCGUGGGUAGAGAUAUGACUUUCCGAGAGAGGCUUAUGUCCGGUCUAUGGGCUGUUUACGUCAGAGUACUUUACCAUUUGGUAGUUUUACCAAGGGAAGAUGCCCUGGCUAGAAAAUAUUUAGGAGAUGAUCUCCCGUAUCUAGGAGAUAUCGAAAGAAACGUUAGUCUAAUAUUAUUAAACAGAAAUCCGGUGUUCCACAGGGUUAUGCCUAUGGUGCCUACUGUGAUUGAGUUAGGUUAUAUGAACCGUAGUCAAACAAAAAAAGAAAUGGACCCUGAGCUAAAAUCGUUUAUGGAUAACUCAAAAAGAGGUGUUAUUUACUUUAGUUUGGGUUCGAGUAUUCCACCUUCAUCAAUGGCGAAACCAAUUUUAAACGCCAUCAUUAAUACAUUUGUUAAUAUACCUUACGAUGUGGUGUUUAAAUGGGACGCUGCAGAGUUUGAAAGACCCAAACAUAUUCUUCUCAGAAAAUGGGUACCACAGUCCACUUUACUCGCACAUCCAAAUUUGAAGCUUUUUAUUACACAAGGAGGUUUACAAUCCAGCGACGAAGCAAUUAUUAAUCAUGUGCCAAUUAUCGGAAUACCUUUCCAAUCUGAUCAACACUCAAAUGUAGAUACGCUAGAAAAAUACGGCAUGGGAAAAAUGUUAGAUUAUGAAGACAUUACAGAAGAGAGAUUGACUAAACUCAUUCAUGAAAUAACCUCUAAUAAAAGUUACAAAGAAAAUGCCGUAAAACUUUUCAAACUUUAUAUAGACCAUCCAAAGGGCGCUGUAGAGAAAGCCGUAUGGUGGAUUGAGUAUGUCAUAAGGAAUAAAGGAGCCACCCAUCUUAGAUCUGCAUCCAUGGACAUACCAUGGUAUCAAUAUCUUAUGCUUGAUGUAAUAGGGUUUCUUAUUAUGGUAUUUGCAGCCAUUAUUUUAAUAAAUAUAGUUCUAAUAAAAUUAAUAAUUAAAUUUGCCCUAAUAGUUUUUAGGCGUUAUAAGAAUAUUAAGAAUAAAAAGAAUAAUUAAAUUAUUUAAAUAUAAACUGUUC